AUGAACGUCGCCCAGUCUGCACAUCUUUCUGCUGCGGCGGUAGUGACUGCAACGGCAAUAAGACGCCCUCUCUCAAUCUACUUUGCAACCCUUGUCAUCUCCCUCUCUGGGCUCAUACUCAGCAUCUUCUGCCUCGCAGCUGUCACUCGCCCUCCCCCAUCCCGCCGGCUCUCCCUCCCCCUCCCCGCACGCCCACCACAUCAGCACCCAACGACCCCCCGCCGUCUAACAGCACACCGCGCCUCCUCCUCACCAGAGCUCAACCGCCCCUCCCCCCAAUUCCCAGAUCCCCCCCGCCCGGCGCGCAGCCGCACCCGACGCCUACUCACCACUCCCACUCCCUUCCUCCCGCCACUUCCAAGCCCCAAACAGGUCAGGAAAGCCGUCGAAGGCCCUUGUCGCCUGCUAGGGGGAAGAGCGCUCACUACCGCUACGGGCAGAGCACUCUUUUUGCGCGAUGCGUUGGAUGCGAAUAUGCGUGAGGUGAGGGCUAGGCGGCGCGCACGGGGACAAGGGCAAGGGGGGAGGGAGAGCUUGUCGAGCUACGCGAGCUCUUGUGAGAGCCUUUCCGCUGCGGAGCCCUCUGAGGCUGAGGAGGUGAAGGAAGAGACGGACGAGGAGCGGACGCCCCACCCGCUUAUCAGGACGGGGACGGGGACGGGCGUGCGGGGGAUUGGGCUCGCUCUGGGCCAAGGGACGCUGUCGCCUCAGGAGGAGAAGGAGUGGGAGGAUACGGACCCUACACCACGGAGUUCUCCCGUGAGGAGGAGGUCGUUGAUCCCCUCUCUGCCUCUACCUACCCCGGUGCCGACGCCGACGCCGCAGGUGCAGCCACAGGGGCAGGGGCAGGGUACACCAGUGAAGGAGAAAAAACACUUCUGGCUCAGGAGAAGCAGUACGAUCUCCUCCCUCCCCCUCCCCCUCCCCCUUCCCCCUGGGCUAGCGCACCCGAGUCCUCUCUCGCAGAUUUGUCUGCCCGAAGCACAGCCCGAACCCGAACCGGAAAAGGGGAACCGGCGCCCGCUGUCGACCUCCGAGAUGAAGGAAGGAGAGGGGAAGAGACGCUCGAGUGGAGGGAGCGAUGCCAGUUUGGGCUCGGUGAGCGGGAAGAGCGAGAGCGCUCGUAGUUCCGCCAGUGGGGGGAGCAGGGGAAGUACAAGCACAGGGCGGACAGCUCCUCCUCCUUACACCCCUGCUCCUGCUCCCGCGCCCGCUCCUGCACCUGCGCCUACACUAGCGAAGCACGCUCGUUCUCGCACAUCUUUGGGCAGCCCUGUACCCCCUCCGCCUCAGCUUAAGCCCCGCCCGACAUCGGUGAUCGACCUCUCUCGCAGCCGGACGAGGGCUAGCGAGCCUUUGCCUGGCGAGGCCGAGCGGGAAUGGGAGAAGAAGAAAGGGAGUGGGUUUAAGCAUCGGAUUUCUGGGAUCUUUGGGCAUUCUCCUUCCCUUUCCCGUUCGCACGGGCACGGGCACGGCCUGGCCGCUCUGGACGGUUUACCCCCCAGUAUCAGCGAGAGUGGGUUACCAGAAAGUCAGAGUACUCCGGAGAUCAAGCCGCGUGCAGCGAAGGAGAAAGCCGGGGUAGAACGGGUCGGGAGGCACGAAUGGAUGCAGCGGGUGGAGAGGGAGAGUUGGCGGGUUUCUUACACUUCUCGGGAGGAGCUGGAGUCUGGUAUGAAUGAUAAGGAGAAAGAGAAGGAGAAGGAGAAGGGGAAGGAGAAGGGGAUAAGGGGGGAGAAGAGGAUGGAGCGGAGCCCUAGCAGGUGGAGAUUGAGUAAAGUUACUGUUUGA